GUGAACACCAUGACUACCCCAUGGGGCCCAAAUUUGCACUAUCCCCCAGAGCACAUAUACUCUGAGAAGGUCGUCGAGGCGAUAACGUCUCGCUACGAAGAUAACGUCUGCGGAGUUGUCGGGGCAUCUAUUUGGGACACCCUCCUGUUCUCCUACACGACCAAGGUCGUCAUGCUCGGCAACGUCUCCGAAAGCCUGGACAUUGGCGACCUGCCCAUCGUCCCCGCCGACAUGCGCGCCGUGAACCUCUUCGCACGCAUGCGCGCCACCCUCCGCGCGGUGAAGCUGCGCAUCGGCAAGUGGACGCCUAAGCCGGGCUCGGGGUGGGAGCUGGGCUACCGCCUGCUCCGCGUUAACGCGGGGCCUCUGGCGCUGCAGAUCUCCCUGGCGGCGAUAUCCGCGUGUCUGUUCUACGCGCCGGCGUAUUUCCUCAGGAAGCUCGUGAAUUACCUAGAGGUGGACCCGGAACGCCAGCAAAGGGGAUGGGGUUUCGCGUAUUGCGCUGGGCUGUUCUUUGUGAACGCCAUCACUUAUCUAAUUACGGGGCAAUUGUGGUCUAUAUCAACUACCACGCUGCAAGUGCGCAUCCGCGUCCAGCUGAACUCCAUCCUGUUCGCGAAGACGCUCGUGCGGAAGGACGUCGUCUCCUCUUCGGGCUCCGUGCCCGGCGAAGAGGACGAUAACAAGAAGAAGGCCGAUCCACCUCAGGAUGGCGAGCAGGCGGAUAAUAAGAAAGACGAAGACGAGGCUGAAUUUUCGAGCAAGGCGCAGGUUAUGACUCUCAUGACAACCGACGUCGAUCGCGUGAGCGAGUUUGCGUGGCAUCUGUUCACUCUCAUAGAUUCGCCCAUCGAGAUUGUCAUUGGAACAAUGUUCCUAUAUAGUCUUCUCGGCGUGUCCUGUUUCAUCGGUCUCGCUGUGACCUGCUUGUUCCUCCCCAUGAACCAUUUCGCGGGGAAGGUAGUUGUGCACGCUCAAGAUAACCUCAUGAAGACUCGGGAUGAGCGUGUAGCGCUGAUGAACGAGAUUUUGGGUGCCAUCCGCAUGUUAAAGUUCAUGGCUUGGGAGCGAAGCUUCGAAGAACGGGUGAUGAAAAUUCGAGCAAAGGAACUGAAAUAUCAGAAAUUGAACUACACCAUAGAGACGCUCUUCAACGCUAUCUGGAAUGGAUCACCUAUAUUGGUAACGCUAGUGUCGUUCUGGCACUUCGCUGUUAUACGGCAGCAGACUCUGACGCCUUCCAUUGCGUUCACGUCGGUGCUCUUUUCGGAGAUGAAGUUCGCGCUGAACGCCUUGCCUGAGACAUUAAUCAACAUGCUUCAGAGUGCCGUGUCCCUGCGCCGCAUCGAAAAGUAUCUCAAUGGGGCCGAGGUGACGCCCGUCCCUCCUCUCGAAAGCGAGAACUACGCCAUUGCAUUGCAGUCGGCUACGGUUACUUGGCCUCAGGACCGCUCCCGUUCGUCAAGUCGUCCGGUGUCUGUGGCGUCUACCCCGAAGCAUAAGUUUGUCCUCACGGAUCUGAGCAUGAACUUCCCAGUUGGCGAGCUGUCCCUCAUUUGUGGCAAGUUGGGAUCGGGAAAGACACUACUACUGCUUGCAUUGCUCGGCGAGGCGGAUAUCCUGGCCGGUCAGCUGAAGAGUCCUCGAUCGCGACCUGAUGCUAUCGCAUCCUUCACGGGGUUCGUGCCGAAGGAGGACGAGUGGGCAAUUCCAGGCGUCUGUGCGUAUGUCCCACAGUCUGCAUGGCUCAGGAACGCAUCCAUCAAGGAGAACAUCCUUUUCAAUCUUCCUUACGUGGAGCAACGCUACAAGAAGACUCUGGAAGUCUGCGCGCUGGUAAGCGAUCUGAAGAUCCUCGAAGACGGUGACGAGGCCGAAAUUGGAGAGCGCGGCGUAAACUUGUCUGGCGGUCAGAAAGCGAGAGUAUCGCUCGCACGCGCUGUCUAUUCGCGUGCUUCCAUCCUCCUCUUGGAUGACGUACUCUCGGCCGUCGAUGCGCAUACGGCCCACCACCUCUAUCAUGAAUGUCUCACCGGUGAGCUGAUGCGAGGUAGGACUGUGAUCCUGGUGUCGCACCAUGUGCAGUUGUGCGCCCCCCGUGCGAGCUUUAUCGUCGCAUUGGAUAACGGGCGGGUCCAGUACCAAGGGGGUUACGAGGACUUCGGGACUUCAGGAGUGCUAAGCACUCUUGUACAGUCCAAUACUGCAGAUCCCUCGGACGAUAAAGAAGAAGCAGCGGUUGCUACCGUCGAAGAAGAGAUAGAAGAGGUAGAGAUACAAGCUCAGUCUGGAUCCCAAACAGAAUUCAACUCUGAAACGAGUUCCACGGCUGCUACAAAUGCCGAUUCAGAGGUGAAAGCCGAGAAGAAGAAGUCUCCGCGUAAACUCGUAGAGGAAGAAAAGAGGGCCGUAGGUCGGAUUGGCAAAGACAUAUGGGCCACGUACGUGAAGGCAUGCGGUGAUCAUUGGUACUGGAUCCUGUUCGCUCUGUCUCUCCUUCUGGCCACUCUCAGUCCGGUCUUCGAGAAUGGCUGGCUAAAGGUCUGGUCUGGUACAGCUUACAGCGGAGACGCCCGUAGUCCGGUCUUCUACAUCAGCGUAUACGCUGCAGUGAGACUCGUGUUGACAACUGUCAGAUGGUUUGUAUUGUAUCAUGGCUCUAUCCAUGCAUCUACCGUACUAUAUAAGAGACUGCUGGAGGCUGUUCUCUUCGCUCAUAUCCGGUUCCACGACACUGUGUCCCGCGGUCGCUUACUCAAUAGAUUUGGGAAAGAUUUCGAAGGCACAGUUACAUAUGGCCUGUCAGACAACUUUGGGCGUAGCAUAAUGUAUGGCUUGAAUGUCCUGACUACACUGAUCACCAUCAGUGUGGUAGGCGGCUUGCCCUUCCUCAUCAGCGCCAUUAUUUUGGGAUUCAUAUAUUUCAAUGGUGUGUCUGAUCGUGACGUCUAUGGCCAAACAUCUCGAGACAUGCGUCGAUUGGAUUCCGUGACGCGGUCUCCGCUUUACUCCAUCUACGGUGAGACAAUAUCGGGCGUGACCAUUAUCCGAGCUUUCGGAGCCUCUUCCAAGUUCCUCCGAGACAUGCUGCGUUGCGUUGACACAAAUACGAAUCCAUACUACUGGAUGUGGGGAGUGAAUCGUUGGUUGUCUGCUCGAUACAAUCUGCUCUCCAGCGCCGUAGUCGGCAUCACGGGCUUAGUUGCGAUCUUCACUCCUCGCAUUGACGCAUCUUUGGCGGGCUUCGCCUUAGCGUUCGCAUCAACAGUUACAAACGACCUCCUAUUCUUGGUAAGGCGGUUCGUCGGGUUGGAACAAUCCAUGGUUGCACUAGAAAGGGUCAAAGAGUACUCUGAAUUACCACGUGAGCCGCCGGAAUACCUUGAGCCUUGGCCCCCACCAUCUUGGCCGUCUGCUGGUGAAAUCAAGGCUGAAAACUUGGUAAUCCGUUAUGCUCCCGAAUUACCAAAUGUCUUGCACAAUCUAAACUUCGAGAUAAGACCCGGGGAAAAGGUCGGAAUCCUGGGCCGGACUGGCUCGGGUAAGAGUACCCUGGCAUUAUCAUUCUUCCGUUUCGUGGAAGCCACAGAGGGGCGAAUCCUCAUCGACGACCUUGAUAUUUCUCAGAUUGGAUUAAGCGACCUACGCAGUAGAUUAACGAUCAUUCCUCAGGAUCCUACGAUCUUGAGUGGAACGGUCAGAUCAACGCUUGACGUAUUCGGGGAGUAUGACGAUGCACAAAUUUACGAGGCGUUGCGUCGCGUGCAUCUCAUUCCAUCCGACGAUAGCCCAGAAGCUGUCGAGACCGAGAACGCGAACGUUUUCCGUGACCUGGAUUCUUCAGUCUCUGAGGGUGGAGAGAACUUCUCUACCGGCGAAAAACAGCUUUUAUGCAUGGCGCGGGCGAUCCUCAAGCGGACCAAAGUACUUGUUAUGGAUGAGGCCACCGCUAGUGUCGACUAUGCCACGGAUGAGCUCAUCAGCAAGACAAUACGGCACGAAUUUGCCGAUAGCACUAUCCUUACGAUUGCACACAGGCUUCGGACUGUCAUUGAUUACGACAGAGUAAUGUUGCUGGAAGAGGGUCACAUUAUGGAAUUCGACACUCCGUCCACCCUGCUAUCUAACCCAUCCUCCAAAUUCUAUGGCCUUUGCAAGGCAACCGGAAGGAACGAGUUUGCAAUGCUCAAAAAGCUUGCUGGCGUGUAA